UCCCCGCGCUGCGCUACGAUCGGACGCCAGGUCUGCGCGCCGCGGCUGAGCGCCCACUCGCCUUGCGGAGUGAGCGGUGGAUAAACCAGCGGGGGCGGCGGCGGGAGAGCUCCGCGGGAGUCGGAGGAGGUGGCAGUCGGGAGCCCAGCCAGAAGGAGACCAGGAGGCAGACGCUGGUGCCUCACAGGCGCUCCCUCCCUUCUCCAAGGAUGGAUCCUGGCGCAGUCCGGCAGUUUCCUGGCCCGCCCGCCAGAGACUGAACUGCGGAUCCCUAUUCUCCUGGGGAGCACCGGAGUGAAGGAGGUACCGACCGAAGGAGCCUCCUGCAGGGACCUCGUCUCCUGCGUCCCCCGCGUAGCGCCCCCCGCCGGAGCCGCGCCGGGCCAGCCGGCAAGGAAGCUGGGCUGAUUGGCGGCCGCCGGCGGCCAGGGGAGGGGGCGCCGUGCGGGGCCAUGGCAGGCUCCGAGGCGUCCUAGCCGGAGCUCGAGCGGGAGCCGAGCCCAAGCUGCCGCCGCCGCCGCCUCUCCGCGCCGGGCCCCCGCCGCCGCCGCAACCCUGCGGGAGAUGGAACAGCGGAACCGGCUCGGCGCCCUCGGAUACCUGCUACCUCUGCUACUGCACAGCCUGCUGCUCUUCGUCGCCGACGCUACAUUCACCGAAGUCCCCAAAGAUGUAACCGUGCGAGAGGGUGACGAUAUCGAAAUGCCCUGCGCGUUCCGGGCCAGCGGAGCCACCUCAUACUCGCUGGAGAUUCAGUGGUGGUACCUCAAGGAGCCUCCCCGGGAGCUGUUACACGAGCUGGCGCUCAGCGUGCCGGGCGCCCGGAGCAAGGUAACAAAUAAGGAUGCAACUAAAAUCAGCACCGUGCGAGUCCAGGGCAAUGACAUCUCACACCGGCUUCGGCUGUCCGCCGUACGAUUGCAGGACGAAGGUGUCUAUGAGUGUCGCGUUUCGGACUACAGCGACGAUGACACUCAGGAGCACAAGGCCCAGGCGUUGCUGCGUGUGCUAUCGCGCUUCGCGCCGCCCAACAUGCAAGCUGCAGAGGCAGUGUCCCACAUUCAGAGCAGCGGCCCGCGUCGCCACGGAGCCUCCAGUGCUGUCAGCUCCAACAACGCAGGCGCUGCUGUCCGCACCACCUCUGAAACCAGCCAUGAUGACAAGAACCCACCUCCUGGGAGCCCUCCCGCUGGAUCAGGAGUUCCUGAGGCCGCCGCUGCCGCCGCCUCCGCGACCCACACAACCACCACAACUGCUGCUGCAGCUGCUGCUUCUUCAUCAGCGUCGCCACCAUCGGGGCAGGCUGUCCUUCUGCGCCAGAGGCACGGCUCCGGUACUGGCCCAGGCUACAGUGCAGACCCUCUGCUGUCUCUGCUCUUGUUAGCACUACAUAAGUUCCUGCACCCACUUCUGGGCCACUGACAGCUGUCAAACCUCAGCAGGCACCCUGGGAAGACAACUUGCCACAGGGACACAGGGACUGAGGGAAGCAUGAAGAAGUCCAUGCAAAACUAAAUAAAUCAUAUUUUUGGGGAAGUAACACAGAUCUAGAAGACUUAAAAUAAUGCAUCAAGUUUCCAAAUAGGAUGGGGUGCAGGCCGUGCGGUGUGCAUGGGGCGCCAAGUUCUUCACGGCAAUGUAUUUUUCUUUCCUCCGCAUUCCCUCUGAAUCUUCAUUUUGCACGAACUGUUGACCAGGUACCUUGAGGAUAGUGUAUAAAAAAUGUUGGGUCAAAGCCUUUCUGACAAAGUAAAAUAUUUUUAGGAGAUUAUUGUGUUUAGAAAAUUUUCUUUGAAUUUACAUUUUCUUUGGGGAAUUUUCUUUUUUUAUUAAAUUAUUUCUUUGGAGACAUUUUGAUUAAAAAGAAACAUCGUAAUUAAAAUUCACUGUCAAUAAUAUUUAUUUUUAAAUAAAAAUUGGAAACAAG